GUAGGCAAUAAUUUCUCCUUAAAAACGGUUGGGACAGUGCUGACACGCUACCUGUGAUACAAUAAUUUUUCCCGGGAAGGAGCGCGUUUGCUUAUAUGUUUGAACAAAAGCACGGCCAUCAGUAUAUCACAGUUAACCAGCUACGUGGAAGCAGCAACGCCCGUGCAAAUGUCUACAAAAAAUGGCAAUUCGAUCUUCAUUCUUCUUCAGGCAGCAAAGUUUUCACUGACUGUGAAAGAAGAAGCAGAGAAGAAGACGAAGCAGUAGCUAUUCUUAACUAGAACGGCAUCCCCAUACCGAUUCUACUCUACUCCAAGAGGUAUUCCUCUUCUCCAGCGGCCAAAUUUUGGAGGUUUUCGACCUCCCUCUCGGCCUUUUGCUUCCAUGGAGUCAUCUUCGUCGCUGAAUGCUAUAAUCUGGUUCCGCAAAGGCCUGCGGAUUCACGAUAAUCCGGCAUUGGAGCUUGCGCGGAUGGAAUCGAAGCAUCUAUUUCCUGUUUUCGUACUCGAUCCUUAUUACGUCGAUCCGGAUGGCUUAGCUUCCUCCCCGGGAUCCGCUAGGGCUGGCAUUAAUCGGAUUCAGUUCCUUCUCGAAAGCCUGGUGGAUCUCGAUAGCGGACUCAGGAGGCUUGGAUCUCGGCUCCUUGUGCUUAAAGGAGAGCCGGUGCAGGUCAUGGCCAGGCUCCUGAAGGACUGGAAGAUUGGAAAAUUAUAUUUUGAAUUUGACACCGAGCCGUAUGCCCAGUCUAGAGAUAAUAAAGUCAAGGACAUAGCUUCUGCAUCAGGGAUCCAAGUUUUUUCUCCAGUCAGUCAUACACUCUUUGAUCCCAAGGAAAUCAUACGGAAGAAUGGUGGAAAGGCGCCUUUGACAUACAAGUCAUUUGUAGCUAUUGCUGGCAAGCCGUCAGCACCUCUAUGUUCAAUCUACUCCUUGCUUCCUCCUAUUGGCGAUGUUGCAGGGUACAAAUUUCAUGGAGUUCCAUCCAUUCAUGACCUUGGUUAUAAAGAUGUUACACAGGAGUUCUCUCCCUUCAGGGGUGGCGAGACUGAGGCGCUUAAGAGGUUGAAUGAAGCCUUGGCUAACAAGAAAUGGGUGGCAGAAUUUGAAAAACCAAAGGGUAAUCCUUCUGAAUUUAUAAUGCCAGCAACAACUGUACUUUCUCCAUACCUAAAAUUUGGAUGUCUUUCUUCGAGAUACUUUUUUCAGCGUGUUGAUGAUGUUUAUAAGACAGUCAAAAAGCACACACUACCUCCAGUCUCACUUGCUGGGCAGUUAUUUUGGCGUGAUUUUUUCUAUGUCGCGGCUUUUGGCACUCCUAAUUUUGAUAAAAUGCAUGGAAACAAAAUUUGCAAACAGAUUCCAUGGAGAGAUGAUGAAAAGUUGUUUGAAGCAUGGAGAGAUGGUCAUACAGGCUAUCCAUGGAUUGAUGCCAUAAUGAUUCAGCUGAAGAAGUGGGGAUGGAUGCACCAUUUAGCUCGCCAUUCAGUUGCAUGCUUUUUGACUCGGGGUGAUCUA